AUUUGCUUACACAGUGAAACCCCAGUUUGUAAGAGAUCUGCUCAGCCUUGCAAAAUGACAUCACAGUCCAUUGACCUUCAAUGGGAAGGUAUUUGGGUCUACAAUGUGGUCAUGAGACCUUCACACUAAAGGAUUGGGUUUUGAAUGCUUCCUGAUUGGUAACCAGGCAGUAUGGAGAGCUGGAGCUUGAUGUGAAUCAAGAUAUUAGGUAUUAUUUGUCUUAGAUGUUAUUGUGAUCUCUGGAUUUUGCUGUGGAUCCAUGCAAAUCCUGUAAAAGGUAUGCACUGAAACAGUGGAUUUAUUUCUAAUCUGAUGUUUGAUUAUGAAAAUGGUUUACAGUAGAGAUCUUUAUGCCCAUUAACAGCUAUUAACAUGAUGCUGCUGUUAUUAUUUGAACAUCAUAGUCAAGGAGUUAUCUGAGAUCUGAAAGGUCAGGUCUAAUAGUGUCAACAGGUUUUGAUAAGCACGGUGCUGAUCAGUGGCUGCUGGUUUUAAUAGUGAUGGAGUAUUUACUGGGUGUAAUUAUUGAAUGCAUUUUCUACGUAGGCACUUCUGAUUGUGGAGGCAGUAGUGUUUGGUACUACUGAAAAAGACCAUAGAGUGCUGGAGCUGUGUGUAGGAAAAUUAUGCUGUCACGCUACCAUGUGCUUGUGUUGGUGCUGUGUCUGUCUGCGGCUGAGGACUUCGACUGGACAAAGAACGACCACGGCUCCUUCUAUUAUGGCACUUUUCCAGCUGGAUUUUCGUGGGGUGCCGGCAGUUCAGCCUACCAGACAGAAGGAGCUUGGGACAAGGAUGGCAAAGGACUGAGUAUUUGGGAUGUGUUCUGUCAUAAUAAGGGAAAAAUCUUCUUUAACGAUACAGGAGACUCCUCAUGUGAAGGCUACUACAAAGUUAAGGAUGAUGUAUCCCUGAUAAAAGAACUCAAUCUGAAGCACUAUCUUUUCUCCAUCUCCUGGCCUCGAGUCAUUCCCACCGGGAUCAGGUCUGAAUAUGUGAAUGAGAAAGGACUCAAGUACUACAAUACCCUCAUUGACCAACUGCUGGAAAAUAAAAUCACUCCUAUUGUGACCCUGUAUCACUGGGACCUUCCACAGGUUUUGCAGGAGAAAUUUGGAGGCUGGCAGAACAUCAGCAUGGUCAAUUACUUUAACGACUUUGCCAGUCUUUGCUUUGAAAGAUUUGGAAACCGUGUGAAACACUGGAUCACUUUUAAUAACCCAUGGUCAGUGGCAGUAGAGGGCUAUGAAACAGGAGAACAUGCUCCAGGCCUGAAGCUCAAAGGCACAGGGGCCUACAGGGCAGCUCACCACAUCAUCAAGGCACACGCUAAGGUUUGGCAUACCUAUGACAGUCAAUGGCGACACAAUCAAAAUGGUUUGGUGGGGAUCUCACUGUCUGGAGACUGGGGAGAGCCAGUGGACAUUACCAACCCGAAGGACAUAGAGGCAGCUGAGAGAUAUGUCCAGUUCUACAUGGGCUGGUUUGCUACACCCGUCUUCCAUGGAGACUACCCUCAGGUCAUGAAGGACUUCAUAGGUAGGAAGAGUUCUCAGCAGGGGUUGGGAACAUCUCGACUUCCCAGCUUCUCCUCUCAGGAGAAGGGUUACAUUAAAGGCACGUGUGACUUCCUGGGAGUAGGGCAUUUCACCACACGCUAUAUCACCCAGAAGACAAGCCCUCCAGACCGUGGUGGCUCCUUCUAUACAGACCGAGACCUGGCUGAGCUGGUGGACCCACGCUGGCCUGAUCCUGGCUCAGAAUGGCUCUACUCUGUGCCUUGGGGCUUCCGGCGUCUGCUCAACUUCAUAAAGACUCAGUAUGGGAACCCUGUAAUCUACAUCACUGAAAAUGGAGUCUCUGAGAAAAUGAUGUGCACGGACUUGUGUGAUGACUGGAGGAUCCAGUAUUAUAGGGAUUACAUCAAUGAAAUGCUGAAAGCCAUCAGAGAUGGAGUGAAUGUGAAGGGCUACACUGCGUGGUCUCUGCUGGAUAAGUUCGAGUGGGAUGAUGGCUACUCAGACAGAUUUGGCCUGUAUUAUGUAGACUUUAAGAAUAAGAACAAAACCCGUUACCCCAAGGCCUCCGUUCACUACUAUAAACGCAUCAUCAGCUCCAACGGAUUCCCUAAUCUUAGAGAGGUUGAGAACUGGAAGAGGAAGGCUGCAGAGAUGUGUUCAUCUAGCAACCGGCUCCUGGCUGCAGAGGAACAGAGGAGUACGGCUGCCAAUAUUCUAAGACUUAUUCAUGAUCCCUUGACCAGCCACAUGGAGAUGGUAACAGAGAUAGUCGUGCCCACUGUGUGCACCCUCUGCAUUCUCAUCACUGCGCUUUUUCUUAUGUUUCUCCUUCGCAGACGCACCUAGCAAAGAAGCAAGAACUGACCACAUACAUACUCAAACACUUCAAAUAUUUCUAACCUAUUCUAUAAUAAACAUAUAUACAGUGUCUAUAGGUAUUCUCAAGCUAAAGUUUUUUGAAGGCCAAAUUUUGAGCAAUAAUACACAUCUAAACAUACAUGCAUGCGUGGUGGCAUUGUAAAAACCUUCACAUGAUAAAACAAUUUUUUCUAAUUUAUCAAGUUUUGAAUACUAGAAAUGAAAUAUGUGUCUCAUUUGCACAGAUCUCAAUCACAAGUAAAGUUCUAGCAUGUUACCGUUUGUUUCCCUCAGAACUGAACACUGAAAGACGCAAACACUUUGACUGUCUAA